AUGGCGUUCAGCUACCACGACCACGCGCUGGCGAUGGACUCCGCGGCGGCCGCCGCCGCGGUUGGGGCUGCCGCGAACCCUAGUUUCGUCUCCGGAGUUGGUGGUGGCGUGGCCGCCGGGGGGCCCGGCUGGGAGAGGGAGAAGGCGGCCAUCGCGGCGCACCCGCUGUACGAGCGCCUGCUCGAGGCGCACGUCGCCUGCCUCCGCGUCGCCACCCCCGUGGACCAGCUCCCGCGCAUCGACGCCCAGAUAGCCGCGAGGCCCCCGCCCAUGGCGGCCGCCGCCGCGGCUGCGGCGGCGGGCGGAGCACACUCGGGAGGCGAGGAGCUCGACCUCUUCAUGACGCAUUAUGUGCUGCUCCUCUGUUCAUUCAAGGAACAACUCCAGCAACACGUGCGUGUUCAUGCGAUGGAAGCAGUCAUGGCUUGCUGGGAGCUUGAACAAACUUUACAAAGCCUUACAGGGGCAUCUCCUGGUGAGGGUACUGGGGCAACUAUGUCUGAUGAUGAAGACAAUCAGGUAGACAGUGAGAGCAACAUGUUUGAUGGAAAUGAGGGGUCAGAUGGAAUGGGAUUUGGUCCAUUAAUGUUGACUGAGGGUGAAAGAUCCUUAGUGGAGCGUGUCCGGCAGGAGCUAAAGCAUGAGCUUAAGCAGGGGUACAGAGACAAACUUGUGGAUAUUCGGGAAGAGAUAUUGCGGAAGCGAAGAGCUGGGAAACUCCCUGGAGACACUGCUUCUACCUUAAAAGCUUGGUGGCAAGCUCAUUCUAAGUGGCCAUACCCAACCGAGGAAGACAAGGCUCGACUGGUGCAGGAAACAGGGCUACAACUGAAGCAGAUCAAUAACUGGUUUAUCAACCAGCGAGCACUGCAGGUGAUGGCAACGCAGAACAAUCCUGGUAGCGCACAGUCGGGGAACAAAUUAUAUGUAAAUAAUGCUUCUACUGUGAAGAGUGCCAUCAUAUUUGUUGCUCCAGAAACGACCCUUCAGACCGGCGUUUCCUGA